AUGGCAAAGAAUGCCAUGUCGUCGGCGGCGUUGAUUUUGGAGUUCUCUGGUGGCGACCGCGUAAGCAAAGACUUAUGAAUGCCCUCGGAAAAUCAUUUUCCACAAACUGGUCGCAGAGAUAACGGGCCUCACGUGCUCUGUCCUCCGAUUUGCUGCAAUGAGCUUGGAUCCUUUUGAAGAGCGUCUUCACACAGUUUCGUUUGUGAGCCACCGGAUGGUCGCUGUGAAAACUGAGAAGCUGUGUGGUGUUCGCUGCCUUCCUCUAAACCGUCGUUUCAAGUUCACCGUUUAGGUUUCGUCUGACAAGCACAUCCAGGAAGGGCAACUGCUGUCCCUGCUCAUCUUCCCUCGUGAAUUUUAUGUCAGGGAAGACGUAAUUGAGCAGGCUGUGGAAAUGUUGCAGCAUGUCCUUCUUUACGAUGACGAACGUGUCGUCUACGUAACGGCGCCAAAACACCGGUUCAUGUUGGAUGAAGGCAAUCUUUUCUAACUCCUGUAGGACCAGUUCUGCCACUAAACCGGAGACCGCCUGUUCUGCUGCUGCUGCUGCUGCUGCUGCUGCUGCUGCUGCUGCUGCUGCUGCUGCUGCUGCUGCUGCUGCUGCUGCUGCUGCUGCUGCUGCUGCUGCUGCUGCUGCUGCUGCUGCUGCUGCUGCUGCUGCUGCUGCUGCUGCUGCUGCUGCUGCUGCUGUUUCUUAG